AUGAAUUUAGCGCUUAUUCCUGGUAAUUUCCCCCCUUGCCUUUUCAACCUUAUUAUUGUGUUGCAAACGAAAAGGGGGAAGCGAUGGGAAGCUGCCAGCAGGCAGUGUGUCCGUAUCGUGGAGGCGGCUCCUGUGGAAGGCCAUCCUAGCAGACGAGUCCUGGAGGGUACACUGGUGCCCACCAUCACCCCGCUGGAGGGUACACAGGUGCCCACCAUCACCCCGCUGGAGGGUACACAGGUGCCCACCAUCAUCCCGCUGGAGGGUACACAGGUGCCCACCAUCACCCCACUGGAGGGUACACUGGUGCCCACCAUCACCCCGCUGGAGGGUACACUGGUGCCCACCAUCACCCCGCUGGAGGGUACACUGGUGCCCACCAUCACCCCGCUGGAGGGUACACUGGUGCCCACCAUCACCCCGCUGGAGGGUACACUGGUGCCCACCAUCACCCCGCUGGAGGGUACACUGGUGCCCACCAUCACCCCGCUGGAGGGUACACUGGUGCCCACCAUCACCCCGCUGGAGGGUACACAGGUGCCCACCAUCACCCCGCUGGAGGGUACACAGGUGCCCACCAUCACCCCGCUGGAGGGUACACAGGUGCCCACCAUCACCCCGCUGGAGGGUACACUGGUGCCCACCAUCACCCCGCUGGAGGGUACACUGGUGCCCACCAUCACCCCGCUGGAGGGUACACAGGUGCCCACCAUCACCCCGCUGGAGGGUACACAGGUGAAGGACCUUGAACAUAAUGCUUGUAACCAGAGUGUGAGGGGCAUGAAUUCUCCACUAGUAAGGGCGCUCCACUGGUCAAAGGGUGACCUCGAUAACCCUAAGAUACUAAAUGUGACGUUUCUUGCAGAAGUGUGCGUGGGAAACCAGGUGCUCGGGGCGCCGAGUGUGGCUGACGGCGGUGAGUUCUUCAGCACCAACACUCUGGCCGAGGUGAACCACCCCUCACCCCUCGACUACGAGUCUCUGCUUGAGCGAAUCCAUGGCAACUUUGGGGCACGGUCAGAAGUGACGGAAGGAGAGCAGCAGGAACCGGAAUAUGAAGGAUCGGAGACAUUGGUGGUGCCUCUCUACAUCCCUGAGGGGGCUGUGCCCAUUAACAUGGCACGUAUCGCCCGUUCUGGCAUUCCAGAGCCCAUGGUGGAACUGUUGAAUAUGAAGGUAUCACCAGCUGCCGACUCUGUUCUCAUCCGGCGUAUAGGACCUGUAGGCAGCCAGGGAACACCAGCACCCCCUACUAGACGCAAUGGCUGGCGACCACCACAGAGGACUAGGCUCACCAGACUAACCCCGAUCCGCAGGUCAGAUCAACUGGGUGAUCAUCCUGUGGUUCGGCCCCCACCUCCGCCAUUUCUACUGGCUGAAUUUGGCCAGCGGCUGCCGGGACCCCAUGCCGCUCCUUUAGUGGCAGUGAGGCGGGUGCCACUCACAAAGUCCCUUCCAUACGAUGACGACGAUCUGGACGACACGAAUAUCAAGCGAGCCAAGAAGAAUGAGUUCAGCAAAGACACUCAGUUCCCAGAAGGGUUUCACACAACUGAUGUUCCAGAAAAUGAAGGGCAUGACACGUCCUCAGAACUAGAAACCUUGGCACCCACCACCCAGAGACCUGUUACAACUACCCAAAGUGGUGAGAAGCACCUCAGUGUUGGCAAAUUAUUUCAAUCUCCGCUACCGCCCACGGCAGUGCUUGUUACUGCCACGACUGCAUCGAUGCUGUCUACUACAACACCCCAUACUACAAUAAUACCAACUUCCACAUUUGAAUUAACCACUACAAGAGGGUCACCUACAACAGCCACUACAAUGUCACCAACCACAGUAGCAUCAGCAGUUACAACAUCCACCACCACAGAAGCCAUAAUGACGACAGUCAGGCCCACCACACAAAAAGCAACAAAGAAAAUGUCUCUUGAUGUGGACGACACAUCCUCCAGCUUAACCAGCUCUCCUCCCACCACCAAGUGGGACCGUCGCUCAGUUCUCUUCCCACGGCCAGUGGAAUCCAUUCUCAAGAACAAAAUUAUAAGUUCAACAACCACAACUACACAACCCUCUACGACCACUACUGCAACAACCAGGAGUCCUGUUACCCAAAGGAAUCCUCCUCUGUGGCAUACCAGGUUAAAAUCACCAAUAACCAGGAUACCAACAUCUACAGAAUCUCCAGCAACCUUAACUACAUCAUCAACUACAGUGAGAACUCUAGCAGUAGAGAAGUUUGCAUUGUUUAGCAGGCUGCACAGUACAACAACCAAAAGGCCCUUAAACCCAACCACAGAAGAACUAAAACACACUACCUCUGAAAAGCCAACGAAUUCAAUGGAAGCUACAUCUUCAGUGUCUACAACAACAGGAAGACCACUUCGAGCAACAUUGAAACCAGCUAUACCCACAAUGAACCAAACAACAGCAACAAACACUUUGUCCACAACAACAACAACAACACCAACACCACUUUUUACCUUCCAUAGACCAGUUGUAGUUGUUGGCCCUGAGAGGUCCACACCAAUGAGGGUGAUGCCUAGUGUCAGUAAUGUCAGCACGACUAUUAAGACUCCUGAGGAACGUGAAAAUUCUGAGUACGAAGAAAAUGAAGAAACUUCGAUGGAAAAUCCAUCACAGAGCCCUUUUACAACAAAUUCUCCGAACGCUGAAGAGGUACCAAAGAAUGUGGUAUCAGAAUCUAGUUCUGUAUUGGAGAUGGACAAAGAUUCGACAAAUAGAACUGAGGAAGGAGAAAGAAGUCUACCAGUCACUCGUCUCUUGGCAUCUGGUAGAGAAGAGGCAACGGAAGAAUCUACCACGAAGGGGGCUGAACAGAAGCAUAAUGUUACAGGAUCAAGAAAAUACGCCAGAACUUUUCGGCCUGUCAUAAGGCCUGGAGGCAGGCGACGAAGACCAUUAUGGCAAAGGUCUACAGUUCCUCCACCGAUAACCUAUGCUAAGGAUUUCUUCAUAGCACCGGAAGAAACACUUACUUUCAGUUCAGAGACAGAAGGGCAAAAGAUUACAGUAACAACCACCUCGCCAUCUGUACCAGACAUAGUAGUAUCAACAACAUUACCCACAACAACUUUGACUACUGAUAAAUCUCCAGAACAAAUUGUGAUUGAGAGCUUGACAGAGAUUAUGAAGGAUGCCACUAAUAAUAACAAGAGCAAGGAUAAGGUUUUGAGCAUCGCUACCAACCUAGAACUGCUCAACAAACAACUAGCGGAGCGAGGUAUCCAUAUCAUCCAUGCCGAGGUGGAUGGAGUGAAGAUUAAACUUGACAAUCGCACAGUAACUCGACCCAUACUUCAGCCAGUUGCAACAACAUUCCGUCCAUCAACAUUCUUUAAUGUGUCAUCUUUUACGGACUUCACUACAGAAAGACCCUUAGUGAGUACCGCAUCCCCUGUGAAAGAAAAAGAAAUGCACAUGGUUGAAGAUUACUUGCUCGACGAAAAAGCAGAGAAACAAAUGUUCACAUCAGUCAAAUCUUCCUUUUCAUUUCACACAACAAAGCCAAUUGAAGAUGAGGUGACAGACAAUGAAAAUGAAGUGCAAAGUACCACCAACGACUCGAGCUUUACCACCACGAAGCCGGUUGACACCAGAAAGUUCACAGCCAGCCCUGGUCGAGGGGAAUCGCAAAAGCCAGCUCUCUCCUCUUCAAUCCUACCUUUUGCGGAGGAAACAGAAGCUGACAAAGUAGGAAAUGUGACGGGACUAGAUGGCUCCUCCAAAACUCCAGUUGUUGAGGAGACGUCCUCUCCCGUACGAACUAGCAUUUCCCGAGGUGACCGUGAUAAAGAAGUUGAGUUAGAAGAUGGAGUAACGUCAAAGGCAAUCUUUGCAACCUCGACCGUACCUUCCAGUGUCACAACUCGCACAAGGUCCACCACAGUCCCUAUCACCACACACAGACCUGCUACGAGACCAUUUGUGCACACCCCAAGAGGCAGGUUAAGACCUGUGGGUUUUAAUAGGGAGGAGACUGUUACCCACAUCAGAUCAGAAAUUGAUGGUAGUGAUUUUAUAACAAAACCAUCCUUUGAAAAUUCUACAAGUAGAAAUGAUUCUAUAUUGCCCAAGGAUCUACAUACUGCUACAACUAUACACCCGACCUCACAUCACCGGCCUUCACUUUUGCCGCCACCCCCCAAGCAAGAGUCCGUCAGAAUUUUUGGCAGUGAUGCAAGCAUUUCUGGAGUUACCCAAGACACAACCUCUACUAAAAGCACAGAUGUGGACUCUGCCUCCACCGCAAAGACGACCACGACGACAAAGACAAAGAUUGAGGUCAUCCCCUUUGUCCCCGAGUUCACUGAUGCCUCAGAAAACAUGAAGAGUGAAGACUUGCCGGAGCCUUCGUCAUCAUCAUACACUGCUGUUUACAUUAUAGGUGUUAUAGGAAUAAUCCCGGCUGCUGCCCUCACUGCUUUCCUAGCCAAGAAAUUUCUGAAGAAGACACAAAAGGCUUUACCUGAGAGUGAGGAGCGAGGUGAAGGCUUCACACCUAUUACUCAUCACUCCAGGAAGCCUUCCCACUCUACCACCUUGGAGGCUGAUGGAUCAUCAGUGGAGGCCAAGAACCCACAUGCCAAGUACACACCAUGGGAAUUUCCCAGGUCUAAGUUGCGUUUGGUGUCCGUCCUUGGCGAGGGAAACUUUGGAGUGGUCUGGAAGGCGGAGGCCCGAGAGCUGUGUGCUUGUGAAGGUGCCCCUGGAGGCCCGACGGUACUGGUGGCAGUGAAGUGUGUGAAGGAAGGUGCUGGGGUGAAGGAACGACACGACUUGCUCAAGGAGCUUGCCAUUAUGCAGCACUUAGGACAGCACCAUAAUGUAGUCACUCUCCUUGGCUGCUGUACACAACAGGAGCCUCACUACGUGAUCAUGGAGUAUGUGAUGUUUGGGAAGCUACUAACGUUCCUACGCGACCAUCGCACACGCCACAACUACUACAACUUCUCCUCGGACACUGAAGCUCUUACCUCCAGAGACCUGACCCGCUUUGCUUGUCAAGUGGCCACAGGAUGCGACUACUUGCAGUCCCGUGGGAUCAUUCACCGUGACCUGGCAUCUCGCAACAUCUUGGUAGACCACAACAAGGUCUGCAAAAUUGCUGACUUUGGUCUGGCCCGCAAUGUGAAGGAUUUGGGCACUGACAUUUAUGAGCAGAAGAGUCGGGGAGCCCUGCCAAUCAGAUGGAUGGCACCAGAGUCUCUCUACAUGAGCAUUUUUACCCACAAGUCAGAUGUGUGGAGCUUUGGUAUACUCUGUUGGGAAAUUGUCACUCUGGGUUCAACGCCAUACCCUGGAAUGACAGCACGGGAAGUGAUGCGGAGUGUUCGCGAGGGUUACCGCUUGGACCGGCCAGAUCACUGUCACCCAGAGCUUUACCGCAUCGUCACCAAGUGCUGGCACCAGGAUCUCAACAAAAGACCAUCUUUCUCAGAGAUUACUGUAGAUUUAGCUCAGCUCUUGGAACAUGGACAGACGGGUUACAUUGACCUGGAGAACUUCCCUGAGGGCAGUUACUACUCCAUGCAUGAGAACAAUGAUGAGAAGUUGUGACUAUUUAAUGAUAAACUGGGAUGAUUUAAUGACCACCAGUGAUAUUAUUCCUGAACUAAUUAUGUAUUUUUUUCAUUAGAAGCAGUAUGGUGUUAUUCACCUUUGAACUUUAAUUUAAAAGACCCUGUUUCUUUAAAUGAACAAAUCCUGUUUUUGUUCUAAAUAAUACUGUAUUUUAACAAAGGAUAUUUGACGAUAAAGGUAAGUGUUGUGAUGGUGCUUGGGAAGCUUCCAUCUGUGUGUUCAUUUUACCUUGGUUGCCACUGUGUGUAUCCAAAGCAAUAGUAUCUGUGUCUAGGUGCGACAAGCAGGCCUUGUUCGUAUUUUCAUCUUCAUCUUAUUUUUAGGAUAAACUUUUACAAUCAUUAUCUCUAUUAUUAUUAACAUAUCAUAAAUACAACAAGAUAAAAACAAUUACCUACUGUAUUAUCAGUUCUGAAAUGAAGCUGAUAAAUAUUCUUAAUUUUUUCAUAUAUAUAUAUACAGUAUAUAUAUAUAAAAUAAUAUGACAGUGUCAGACCACGAAGGAAGGAUUAAGACAGGAAAUUCCUUAAGUACUGUGUACUUUUGUAUUCAAUAAUACAAUUUCGGAAGAAUGGAAUUAGAAUUCAGUGGUGAUAGAUAUAUAGGAAGGAAUGAGAUGAGGUGGGGGUGAAAAACAAUGUCUUUGUUCACAAACAUAAGAGGGAACUGCAGAAGGCAUUGAUUCUGCAGACACAAAUAGUAAAUACAAAUAUUAAAUACGCACACACACAUUAAGGGGUGAGAAGUUGGACUGGCAAACGGUAACGAGUGGAGUACCUGAAGGAUCAGUGCUGGGACCAAUUCUAUUUCUAAUACUGUACAGUAUACGUAAAUGACAUGUCUACUGGAAUCAAGUCCUAUAUGUCGAUGUUCACAGAUGACGUGAAAUUAAUGAGACGAAUUGUAACAGAUGAGGAUUGUAGGAUCCUCCAAGAGAAUUUGAA